AAUCAGAAUCCAGGGCUUCGUUGCAAACCAAUGUUUUGAGGCAAGUUGCCGCUUUGCUCUUCUCUAAUUGUUUUCUAUUUUUUUUAUAUCAGAGAAGACUUAUUUACUGUAUAAGGACAACACAAUUCACACUCGCCUAUUAAUAAUGAAGCUAACGGACCUUAGAAAGUUGAAAGUGGCGGAGUUGCGGUGCAGACUCACAGAGCUGGGCUUGGACAGCAGAGGACUGAAGGCUGAGCUGGUGGACAAGCUGUGGACGGCGGCGCAGACGGAACAGCACAGCCCGCAGCACAGCCCGCAGCACGGGGGGGAGAAGACCAGGAUCCCCGACCCCAGCUCCCCCACCCCGUCCCUACAGCUGGAGGCGGCGGAGCUCCGCUCUGCGUCCCCAUCACCGCCGCCCGGGGCUGGUGCUGCUGCGCCAUGGGAAGCAGACCGGACCAGGGACUACAUGGACUCGGCCACGCAGACGGAGCCCGAGCCCGAGCCCGGUCCUCCGGCACAGGGCGAGGAUGAGAGCGUGUACAGUCUGCUGCAGGAAGGAGGCUCCAGUCCUGCAGACGACCCUGCAGAGGACACCCGGAGAGGGAGGGCUUUCUACGAGUUUAAAGAGGAGAUACGGUAUAAAAGAGCCAAAUCACCCCAGCCCACCAUGGAUCGGGAAGAGGCAGAGGAGCUUGACGAAGAUAAAGUCAGAUUAGAUUCAUAUGGCUGUCACCUCCACUUUGAAGUGGGUCCUGAUGGGUUUAGUGGGCAGCCGCGGUUCUGGGAUCGGUUCCCUCUGCUGUGGUCCGGCUGCAGGCUCUCCCAUGGUGUCCAGCAGGGCAGGGUGGGCUUUGAGGCCCGGCUGGAGAGGAAGUUGUUGACUUCACAACCAGAACACCAAGAGGAUAAAGAGCCAUAUGGUUUGAGAGUUGGCUGGUCAGUGUCCGACACCUCUCUGGUUCUGGGUGAGGAUGACCUCUCUUUUGCUUAUGAUGCGUGCGGUAAAAAGGCCACUGGUGGGAAUGAAGAAGCUUUUGGAGAACCUUUCUCUGAGGGGGAUAUCAUCGGCUGUUAUGCUUCUUUCUCUGCAGAUGGUGAUGUGGAACUUUCUUUCUAUAAAAACGGUCAUCUCAUGGGUUUGGCCUUUUCCUUGAGUGCGUCCAUGCUGCUGGGUCGUGCUCUGUUCCCUCACGUCCUCUGUAAGAACUGUUCGGUCCGGUUGCUUCUGGACCCCUCAACUCCCCCAUGGUACCCCUGGCCUCCAGGUUUUGCAGCGCUGGCAGCUCUCCCCGCUGAACAGAGGGUGCGCUCCACAUCAGCUCCUGGCUCCAGAGCACAAUCUGAGGUAGUGAUGAUGGUGGGUCUUCCUGGUUCUGGGAAGAGCUUCUGGGCCCGGGAUCUUAUGAAGCAGCAUUUGGAUAAACAGUACAAACUGUUGGGAACAGAGGAGCUGCUAACAUGUAUGAUUAGUGGUGGCCAGAAGGAGAGCAAGCUGCAGCAGGCUUCUCAGUGUUUAACUUAUUUAAUUAAGAUAGCUGCAGAGACUCCUGGAAACUACAUCCUUGACCAGUGCAACGUCCUCUUCUCUGCACUCCGUUACAAGCUGCAGCUCUUCGCAGGCUUCAGGCGCCGGGUGGUGGUGGUCUUCCCCACGGCAGACGAAUGGAAAAGACGAUUGUCGCAGCACCAGAUGAACGAUGAAGAGCACAUCCCUGAGACCGCCCUGCUCAAACUCCAAGUGAGCUGCAGUCUUCCCGAGCCACAGACUGACUUGCUGGAGGAGUUGCAGUAUGUCGAGCUGCCGCAGGAACAGGCACAGAUACUACUGAAGGACUACAAAGACGAGGCCCGCAGACUGCUGCCUCCUAUCCCUAAACAAGAGAAGAAGAAAUCCCGGCCGUACAAGAAGAGACCCCACCCUCGCAGCCCUCCGCCCUCAUACAUGAUCCAGUGGCCUGGGCUUCAUGGGUGGAACGACACAAGAUAUAACAUGCAGACAUGGAGCCAGCAGCCAAGAUAUUGGAGCGUGCCGUAUCUGGGCCAGAGCUACUACUACAACAGAGACUUCGGUUACAGCGGGUACGACAGCUACUGGUGAAGAAAUCUGGAACAAGAAAAAUAACUACACCAUGACUGACGACUCAAAGAUAAUCAGUGUUUUAAUCGUUUUGUAAUUUUAAUUACAAAAAGGACACUUUUUAGGAUUUUUAUCCAAAACAUAUACACAAAUUUAAACUUGCUAUUGUACAGUGUACAGUUCAUGAGGAAGAUGCAGUAUUUUAAAGAGUUUUGACACAAAGUGUCGGUCAAUGAGUGCUUGAAAUGAAUAAAUCUAUCUU